AUUACGCAUUGUGUAUCAAAAUUCAAUUUCAAGUGUAGGAGAAUUGGAAUUCGAGAAACAGUUUUUUUUUUGUUUACAUUUUCAGUUAUUCUCCAAUUCCAAAGUAUCUGAUAAUAUUUUCGCACCAAUUGUUAUUAUACAUUUAGGCUAUCCUCUGCUAAGUUAGAUAAUCAUCAAAUUUGAUGAAAUAUAAAAGUAUAAUGAAUAAUUUAAGUCCUUCUGAACGAGCAAACAAGCGUAAGGAAGAGAAAGAAUUGCAAAGAAAAAUUCAAGAAAUGGAUAAUCCAUGUCUAAAGGAACAUUAUUUAAGCCUAGACUGUCUCGAAAAGAACUAUUACGUGCACAAGAAGUGUGUUCUAUAUUUUGAAAAUUACAAGAAUUGCAAAAUCUUUUGGAACAAGGUGAAGGUCGAUCGUAAAUUACAUGGUAUCACUCCACAUCUUCCAUUGCCAGAAGACAGAAGUAAAGUAAAAGCAGAAUACCUGAAGUCGAUGAACAAGUUGUAAUACAUCUCCUACAUCUUUUUCCUUGGACAUAUCCAACCAGUGUAUAGUUUGUGUUUGAUUUUGCAGGAGUAAAAAAUAACUUUAAAAGCAGUUGCAGUAAGUUUAACAAUCUAGUUUUUGCAAACGAAGGAUUUCUUGCAAUACAAAUAUUAUCAAAAUCAACAAAUUUGUGUGCAUAAGGUCUUGUACUACAUUUUCAGUACUGUCUAUGGCUAGAAGUAUAAUCAAGGGAGUACAAUUAGGAAUAAGUUAUGUCUAGGAUUGAAAAUGAAUAAAUGGAAUGUAGAUGAAGACUUGGUUUACACAAAGUCUUUUUAAUAUCUUUGGCAGAAAUAAAUGCUUGGAAAGUAGUAUGAUUACAUUUACCACUGAUAAAAGUUAUACACAGUAAAUUGAGGCAUAAUUACAUCGGAACGAAAUUACAUAUUUAAAGAAUAAAGUUACACAGCAAUUUAGUUAGAACGGAUUACAUAGGAAUCGCUAAAUGCUAUUUGCACGGAUAUGGUGUAAAUGUUUAAAUCAUUGACAAAUUUCGAUACUGAAAAUCGCUACGCGUGAACUACACAUUUUCACAAGGUUACGUAUAUGUACACGUACUAAACUUUACAAAAAAUUUAGUUAAUAAACCGAAUUAAUUCUAUGAACAUUCAAUUGUUGUACUGUUACACGAAUCAAUAAUGUAAAAUGGACUAGCGAACUAUCGAAUAUACGAAUAAUAAAUUUAUAGACUUUUGUAACGCAGAACUUUUAUACGUGUAAUCGCUAAAAAUCUAUGAAAAUGCAUGUUUACAUCGUUUAAUUUAUUCUACAUUGACUUACGUUAUCGUAACAAUUAAACUUAAAACUGAAUUUCACUAGAAUCUUAACGAAAAGAUUCCAACUUUUAUUCUUCCAACGUGGGACGCUUUAACGGCUAUGUAGUAUUUAAUGUGCAGAUACUAGCUACUAGAUAUACAUUUACAUAAACGCAUUUUGGUAACAUUUGGCCUGAUGUUUUCUGGUCUCUCGCAAACCAUCAAGUUCAGUCAAUAAAUAGUCCGUAAGAAUUUAAAAAAUAAUUUAAAUAAUAGUUACCAUCUACGUAUCGUAUAUUACCUACUAUUGUCAUGAAUAAUAUGCUUUC